CAAUAAUCCUCAUUUGAGAGAUUUGAAACUUGACGCAACUUCUCAAAGCUCUCGUUAAGGUUACGUCCUGCAGCUCAGUGUAAGAAAUCAAACACAGCUAUAAGACAUCCCGAUACGACUAUGAAGAUGAAGUUGUUCCUCAUUCUUGCAACUCUCCAGAUCUUAAUCGGUAUCGUAACGGCAUUGGAAUGCUACUGGUGUUCGUGGUCAUCAGCAACCGAUGACAUGGCUUCAUGCAAAGACCCAUUCACUACGCCUGAAGCGAUCUCAGUCAAAAACUGCAUUGGCUCCUCCGGUUGUUUGAAAUCCGUUGCGAUGAUGAACGACACAGAGACGAUAAUGAGAGGAUGCUCAACGGAACAGGAAUGCAGCAGUGAAACGUGUACUGGGGAGACGUGUAAUUACUGCUGUACUGACAACAGAUGCAACAGCGCAGGCGCAAUGACCUUUAACCUUCCCAUCAUGCUUAUCUCCCCGAUAUUAAUGCUGGUUUCCAUGAUGAUGUGACAUGUGUAAUUAAGCAUCAUCUUCACAAACGGAACCAACAAUUUUAAUAAACUGAAGCCUAUAAAUAAGCUGAAGCCUAUAAGGCUGUAAAUAAUUUGCUUUUGUUUAAAAUAUAUAAAUAUUUUGCGGUGUAUUCUUAUACUUUAAUUCUGAACAAGAGUAUAAUUGUAUUUUUCCUUGAAGCAGACACUAUAUUUUUUAUACAAAUAAUUAUGGUCCUUUGUUUUUUUAUCAUAUAUUUAUGGUCUUUUGUUUUUUACCACUAAGACCUAGUUCUCUAUAGUGGACAUUUUCUUCGAUUUGAUAUUUUAUUAUUUUUUUUUACU